AUGUCUGAAGACACAGUCUCGUCCGAUACACGCGAUCGGAUCUUGGCCAUGAUACUGCACACCUGUGAGCCAGCGAAUAUGAUCAAAGUGGUCUCCGCCUUUCCAGCGGCGAAUGUGCUUGAUCGGCUUCUACAUCGCUUUUACGCGACUCAUGCAACUGACGAUGACAGCUGGAUUCAUAUUCCAACUCUACGCUCAAGUGAGAUGCCGACAGAACUCCUAGGCGCUUAUAUCACGUCGGCAGCUAUGAGAUCGUCCAGUGCGGCUGUUCGCCGGUUCGGAACUGCCCUACACGGUGUCCUCCAUCCAUAUUUAUUCCAGAUUUUCGAGAAACGAAUAGCACAAACCCGCUGCUUGCAGCAAAUCCACGCGCUUGCUCUGUAUGUCCAAACAGGGUUAUGGCGUGGCAAUAAACGAAGGAUGGAAAUUGCCGCGGCUAUUGUAGGAUCGGCUGUCACCAUGCUCCGAAGUGGCCGUCGCUACCGUGCUUCGACCUAUAGCAGUGUGAUACCAGAUCCGGCAGACGCUGACGAUGUACUCUAG